UACAGAGCUCAAAAGGAUUGUAAUCUCGUUGAAACGAAUAUCUGUCGUAAAUUUUGAGGCUCCAUAACAAAACCACCAAAAGCAAGAAAAUAUUCAAAUAUGAACGGAAUUGGUUUCAUUACCUUGGGAUUUUAAUUUUGUAAAUAAUCAUAACUGUAUUUUAAUAAUAAAUAGGUAACGAAUUCUUUACUACUUGGACUUUAUUUGGAUAAACAUAGACCGUGUUUAAACCUUUUUGCAAACCGAUUAGACCUAGAUCAUUUAUUAUCAAAAAAUGUCUAAUGAAGAAUCAUUCAGUGAAGACGAAGAAGACUGGCUUGAUUUAGACUUGGGACAGCCAGCAGCAAUAAAGAGCAAGACCUUAUUUGAAGAGCAACCUCUUGACCUGAAUACUGAACAAAAUGUAUAUUUAGACGAAACUAUAGCACAACAGAAAAAAUCAUUGAAAAAACCUGCCUUAAGGAUUACAGCAGCCGACCGAAAAAUCCGUCUGCAAAUUCAUCAGAUGCACCUACUCUGUCUUACAUAUCAUCUGUGCAUCCGAAAUUUAUGGUGUAAUGAUGAAGCACUUAAAAACCUCUCGAGGAUUGUACCGCCAGGUAUAAAGGCGUCUCUACAUUGCUCGUCCCAGAAAUCUCAAAUGAUCCGAAAUAAAAGCUUUCAACAGGCUUUAGUUGCAUUAUGUGAAGUUUGGAAGCGUCAUUUCAAAAUUACCAGGAGUGGGCUUAGAAAACCUUGGUACGGAGCUUUACAAAAUGAUACGCUGAGUUAUGAACCAGUAUCAAAAGAAGACUUUUUGAAAGCCGCAAAGGCCCUUGAAGGUGAUCGCGAUACAGGUUCCCAGUUAUUUGUCUCUCUUCUUCGGAGUCUAGACGUUCCAACACGUUUGGUUUUUUCUUUACAGACUCUUAGUUUCCGCUUUGUUGGUGCGUCCGCGGAAGGACGAAGUCCACAAAUUAGUACUGAUUCUCCUCCUCAGGAUAGUUUGGAAUACCUAUUUUCUCCCAGUGAUUCUUCUUCUGAUUCAACGGCUUCAAAACGUAGAAGAACGUUGAAGCCAGGUUUUUCAUCUUCUUCUCCUGUUCAUGCUUCACCAGUUCUUGAGAAACCGCAAUUCAUUGAUUCCCCAAAGCCUGUAUUUUGGGCCGAAGUAUUUAACACCUCGAUGCAGAAAUGGGUUUGCAUUGAUCCUUUUGGUGAUGCCUCUUCCGUGGGUAAACCAAGCCGCUUCGAACCAUCUUCAUCUGAUACAUUAAAUCAAAUGACUUAUGUAUUUGCUGUCGAAUCCAGUGGAUAUAUGAAAGAUGUUACAAGACGAUAUACCUCGCGGUAUUAUCGGAUCAUGAGGAAUCGACUUGAGAUGUUUCCUUUUGGUAGCGAUUGGUUAAAUCUCUUUUUAUCCAAAUUAAAAAGACCCCAGGAUAUAUAUAGGGAUAGUGAUGCUAUAGAAGAUGCAGAAUUAUUGAGAUUAGAACAAGCAGAAGGAAUUCCCAAAAACAUUCAAGACCUUAAGGAUCAUCCAAUAUUCGCGAUUGAAAGACAUUUACGAAAAAAUGAGGUUAUUGACCCAAAGAAAUCAUGUGGAAGAUUAUCCACUAAAAAGGGAGUAGAGUUAGUUUAUCCCAGAAAAUAUGUUAAACUGGUUUUUUCUGCUGACCGUUGGUAUCGCAAAGGGCGUGUCGUAAAACCAGGAAUCCAGCCAUUGAAGUACGCUAAAGAUAAAGCGAAAGGGACCAUUCCUUUGUAUGGCGAAGAACAAACUGAUCUUUAUAUCCCUAAGCCAGUUGUCGCCAAUGUCGUUCCAAAAAAUGCUUAUGGAAACAUAGAUUUGUAUACGUCGAACAUGCUUCCUUAUGGUGCUUAUCAUUGUACCCAUGCUUUUGCUGAGAAGUCAGCUAAAUUAUUAGAGAUGGAUUACGCUCGUGCUGUAACGAGCUUUGAUUUCCAUAAGCGUAUAUCUCGGCCUCAUUACGACGGUAUUGUUGUUUCUAAGAAGUAUAAAGAAGCCUUACUUCAGGUCGCGAGCGGUUUAGAAUGGACGCAAGAAGAAGAAACCCACAAGCAAAAUUUCAAAAUGGGAGUUCAACUGUGGAAACGUAUAAUAUCCGGUUUACGAAUACGACAGAGAAUCAUGGAAGAAUACAGUUAAGUUGAUCAAUUGUAUAUUAGGCAUAUUUUAUAGAGAAUUGCCAUAGGAAUUUGUAAUGAUUAUUAGAGUUAAUAAAUAAUAUGAG